UCAACAUCUGAAGACGAUAACUUGGUUAUCGAAACGCGUAAGACAGUGUAUUGUGAGCGGUAAUCAUUAAUUAUCCUUUCAAAUAAAAGAUGGCGUCACCACACCACUGUCUCAGACAACUUAUAGAGUUACAGUGGCUAGCUUAGCUAUGCAAACUAGGCCAUUUUAAUAAAUGACAAGUAGACUCAUGUUAAUGUUUAUUUAUGUCGUGAUUUUGUUAAAAUAACUUUUUAAUUGUUAAUGUGAUAAUCCAUACAUAAUGGAGAAAGAUAAAAUGGUUUUAAAGGAUGAACUAGACAUUAAAGAGGAAUUUCUCUGUGAUAUGAAUACUGUAUUUGAUAAAAAUCUUGUGGAAAAUAUUCAAAAUAUAAAUGAUAAUAUGAUUAGUAUGCAUUCUAUUAACCAAGAAAAAAGUGAGGACUUUAAUACUAUUCAAAUAUUGGUUGAUGUUAAAUCAGAACAGGAUAUUAUUUCUGAUGUUAAUACACAUCUUAGAAAUGAAUAUUUUAAAGAGAUACGAAAACGAAGUAAAAUGAGAAAAGCAUCGAGGAAUGGAAAAGUGUGUAGUGGGAUAAUGAUAUGUAGAUUUUGUGGAAAUUUAUAUACAAAAAAAGAAGAAUUUACUAGCCAUAUCUCAAUUAAUCACCAUAUAAAAAUAAAGAAAACAUAUCAAAUUAAAUUUAACAAGAAAAAUAACACAAAAAAAUCCAUUACUGAUCUUAAUAUAUCUAGAAAUUUUGAUAGAGAUGUUAAAGAUGAAAUUGAAGUAACUGAAUAUGAUUUAAAGGAAGAAUUUCGAGGAAGCAGCAUAUUUGAACUCAAUAUUAGUGUUAAUUCUAUUAACAAAAACACUGAUUUGAAUUUAUGCAAAUCAGAAAAACGAUUCCAAUGUGAGAUUUGUUCGAAAUCCUUUCAAAGAUUAUUUGAUUUAAAAAGACAUUCACUUACUCAUACAGGAGAAAAGCCAUUUGAAUGUUACGUUUGUUUGAAACCGUUUUCACGAAAAAGUAAUUUGAACCGACAUUUUCUUUUUACUCAUAAAGUAGAAAAGCCAUUGAAAUGUGAUGUUUGUAUGGAAUAUUUUAUUAACGAAGAAGAUUUAAACAGACAUGAGUGUAAACAAGUAGAUGAAAAAACAUUCAAAUGCAAUUUAUGUUCGAAAUUAUUUAUAUGUAAAGGAAGUUUAAUGAGACAUCUGUUUCUUCAUACAGGAGAAAAACCGUUUAAAUGUAACAUUUGCAUGAAACAGUUUACCAAGAGGGGAGAUUUCUACAUCCACCUACAGACCCACAAUGAAGAAAAACCAUUCCGAUGUGAUAUUUGUAUGAAAUCGUUUUCACUUAAGGGAUAUUUAAACAAACACUUGCUUAUUCACAGAGGAGAAAAACAUUUCAAAUGUGAUAUUUGUUUGAAAUCAUUUUCACAAAAAGCAUACAUGAAGAGACACUUGUUGAAUCACACGGAAGAGAAAAAAUUCCGGUGUGAUAUUUGUUUGAAAUCGUUUUCUUGGAGUCAGGAUUUAAAGAGGCAUUUACUCAGUCACGAAAGUGAAAAACCAUUCCGAUGUGACAUUUGCUUGAAAACAUUUGUAAGAAACGAUUAUUUAGAGACACAUUUGUCGAAGCAUUCAGGUGAAAAGCCAUUCGAAUGCUUUAUAUGUUCAAAAUCGUUUUUACGGAAUCAGGAUUUAAAAAGACAUACAAUUUGUCAUCAUGGUGAGAAACCGUUUAAAUGUGAUGUUUGUUUUAAAUCGUUUGUGAGGAAUGAUUAUUUCCAAAGACAUUUGUUGAAACAUUCGGGGCAAAAGCCUUAAAAAUGUGACUUUUGACUUAUUGCUUUGAUUUAUAUAGUUAAAUAAAAUUUAAAUGACUCACAA